AUGGACCACGCUGGCUUCGCCGACAUGUACGCCGGGCAAUGGAUCACCUCGGACCAUGCCCACGCAAAGCCUCCCCACAUGACCCCCGAGGACAUCAUCCUGCAUGCCACCUCGCACAUGCAGUCCGCCAACCCCGACUUUCCCAUGGACGGCCCAAUGGCUGCGGCUUCCAUGGCCCAUGCCCAUAUGCCAUACCAGCAGCAGCAGCAGCAGCAGCAGCAUCCCAUGGCUAGGCAUCCGCUCCCCACCGAACAAUACGCCGGCAACGCGAGCUUCGCCGAGAGCGACAGCCAGAUGUUGGAUCGUGACGAUAACGAGGAUGGCGACUCCAUGGUCGGCCACCUCGGCGCCCCUCGCCCUGCCGCCUCGAGAUCAAGCGCAAACAACGAGCUGGAGAUGCGACAGCUCUUCAGCGCCAACCGCCAUCGCAACCUCCAGGACGUGGCGGGUGAGCUCCACGGCAACGAGCGAGGCCCAAACUCGGAACGCACCCGCCAGGUCUUUGCCAUGCUCUGGAUCAAUUCGGUUUGCACCAAGGGAAAGGGCUCCGUGCCUCGAGGCCGAGUGUACGCCAACUACGCGUCCCGAUGUGCAACAGAGCGCAUCACGGUCCUGAAUCCCGCCAGCUUCGGGAAGCUGGUACGCGUGCUUUUCCCCGGACUCAAAACCCGCCGCCUGGGUGUUCGUGGAGAGUCCAAAUACCAUUACGUCAACUUUGCCCUCGCCGAGGACAUGCCUGAUCUGAGAGAGGCUCAACCACAAAUACCACGCCCCCUUCCUGAGGCCAAGGGGCCCUCUCAAAGCUUCAACAGCGCACCGUCGCAAUCCAACGGGGUCACGAAUCACGGGCCACGGCCCUCCCCUCCGGACGUGGGCCAGGUCCAAGAGAAGAGCGACGACGAGCCCAGGGUGACUGGCCUCUCCCACAGCGUGUACAAUCAUCCCGACCUAGCGAGCAUCGAGAAUGUGCACUCCACCUCUACCAAGACACACCGGCUCUUGGCUUUUCCGUCGCCAAGCGAAUCCAUCGUCCAGCAGUCGGACCAGUUGGCGCUCCCUCCCAUCGAGGCAUAUCUCCCCCACGGGACAGAUCCCGACGCCGCCAAGUCCUUGUCGGCCCUCUACCGAUCACACUGCACGUCGCUCGUCGAAUGUAUGAGGUAUUGCCGGGAAAAGACAUUCUUCCAUCUCUACACUUCCUUUCAGGGCACCCUCACCAUGCCGGUGCAGAAGCUGUUUGGGAACGCGGCCCUGGCGCCGUGGAUCGAGGGUUGCGACUAUGCUUUGUAUCAGCGGAUGAUGAGCAUCAUUGCCAGCCUGACGCUGCAGGUGGUACCCAAGCAGGUGCUCGACACGCUUCGCAACAUUUCGGAGAGGCUGGUGCCACAUAUCCGCGAAUCAUUUCAGGGCCAGCCGCAGCAUGUCAUUUCGGCCAAGGAAGCCCCGGCGGCCAUAUUUGCCGGGCUGCUGGAUCGGGCGCUCCGCGUCAACCUCACAGCGCAUGCGGCAGCCAACAUGCUUUCGAACCCGGCGAACAGGGACCAGAUGUACGUGGACUGGAUCACCAUGAUCCGAGCCCGCAAGGUGGCGGAAUGUGUGCCGACGCGCGGGAUGGACGACGUGGUCAAGGUCUUGGUCAUGGAGAUGCGCGACCUCCUGGACCCCGUCAACGUGCCGUGGGAGGUGGAGUGCCUGACCAUCUACGGAGACGUGGCAUCGCGAAACGGUCGACAGGGAGACGAGCACGACGGGGGCGACGGGUCGGGCAAGAACGUGCUGGACCGGUGGGUGGGUUUCCUGCAGAGUCUGCCCGACAAGUUCCCGUACGCGUCCCACACGGACAUUAUGUGGUGCGUGGAGCGCAUCGGGACGGCAGUGAUGCGGGAUCUCACGCUGGCCCAAGGCAAGAGCUUCGGCUCGUGGUGGGUGACGAAGACGUGGAUGGACGAGAUGGUGCGAUUCCUGGCCGAGCAGGGCGGCUUCGCGCGGCAAAGGGCGCGACAACCAAGCCCGAGCGCCGGGCCCAAGCCCGAGGAGGCCGGCAGGGAGGCCAGCCGGCACGACUCGCGAUGCAGCAGCGGCAAUAGCAGCAGCAGCAGCAGCGAGGACGUGAACCUAUCCGGCAUGUCUCAGACCCAGCCAGGGCGCGCCCCGUUCCCGCCGCCCGGUAGCACGCAGGCUCCGAUGGGCAUGGGCGGGGGCGACCCCCACGACGACAGCGGGAUCGGGAUCCGGACGCCAGAGGACGAAUUCCCCAUGGACAAGUUUGCCUUUACGGGGGCGGACAGCAUGGGCAUGGUUGGCGGGGCCGAGCUGGCCAGGGCAUGA